AUGAGUAAUGCUAAAGCCAUCGUCACACCAACGAGUCCUUCAACGAGCGUCGACAAAGACGAACAAGGAAUCCCUGUUGAUGAAACUAAGUAUCGUGGAACGAUUGGCUCACUUCUUUAUCUAACUGCCAGUCAAUCGGAUAUUAUGUUUAGUGUCUGUAAAUGUGCCAGGUUUCAGUCAGCUCCUAAGGAAUCACAUCUGACUGCAGUAAAAAGAAUAAUUCGAUAUCUUAUUGGAACUGAUUCUCAUGGACUAUGUGAUAAGGAAGACAGAAAAAGCACAAGUGGAAUAUGUCAAUUACUUGGUAAAGCAUUGAUUUCCUGGAACAGUAAAAAACAAGCAUCAGUAGCAUUAUCUACUACUGAAGUUGAAUACAUCGCUAUCGAACAAUGA